AUGAGCACUAUAGACCUUUGCACUGGUAACUUUGCCCUCGUGGAUGCCGUUCCUGUGGCCUUCCAAAAUAACAGAGGCGGAUCGUAUCACUCAAUCGGCCCCAUCUCCAAUUUCACGGCCGCGAUGCAAGGGUGUUGUGGGAGCCCGGUGGACAUAUUCGACGGCCGCGUGGCACCUUUCGGCUGCUACCACUAUUGUGUCUUUGAGGGGAGCCAGGACGAGUGGAAACAAACGCGCGAAUGUAUUGAUGAUCGGGCCAAAUUAUCCAGAGAUCGAUUGGCGCAGCAGAACAUUACUGGAAAUGGAUAUAUAUCUGGUGGCCGAUCCCCUGAUCAAGUCAGUUCUGCUGGCACCAGUCUACCUCGGUCUGCAAAGGCGCGUGUUUGGUUCUGUCUGUUUCUUGGAUUGACAACCAUCGGAUCGCAGAUGCUCUCACCGCAGUGGAAGCGACAGCUUCUUUGCCUUCACCUUGGUAGUGUCGAGUCCAUCCCGCCCAUAAAGACUAGAAAAUCGUCUACCUCCACUACGUUUUUCGUCGAAUCGCGGUUCCACACCACAUCCCAGUCUAUAGCUGAGACCGAUACUACCAGAGUGGCCAUGCUACUGCUCGAUCUCCCGCCCGAGGUUUUCCAACGAGUCAUUACCAUCCAUGUCUCCACUGUCGGCGUCGGCAAUGCCGCCAAAGCCCGCGAGGCCUGCAAAACGUUUCUUGCUUACAUCAACGAGGAAAUUUUCGCGCGACAACCACCCGGCGCCUUUGCUGCUCGAGUGCCAAACAAGCUGCUGAAGAGGAAUCUUGCUCUGUUCUUGGAGUACAGGAUGACUUACAGCUUCAGCUCUGAAGAGCAACACAGAUUUCUUCUAGGUCUACUUAGAAACCCGGCACCGAGAGAUGUGCUCUUGUUCUGUGUCAAAGCCCUUUGUCAAAACUGGAUGCGAGUCCGUAUCUCCAUACAUGAUAAAGCACGGCCUUUGCUAGAUAUUACUGUUCGGCAAAACAAUCUGCCGUUAGCGGAGGCCAUCAUCUCUGUUCAAGCUCACAAUCCGAAUGCACAACUCUCGGCGGGACUGAGUGCGCCAUACCGCGAAGCUAUUUUGCGCAAGAAACUCGCUAUGGUACGUCUCUUUCCCCAACAUAGUGUCAAUCCGGAAGCAUCGAUCUAUUCUACAACAUGCGACACAUUUGCCCGCCCGCCCACCAGCACUUGCGAAUUGGCUCGCCCCGGGUCGAAGGUAUAUGCAGUCGUGAAGAAGGCGGUGGAGGACAAGAUUGUCUCGCGCGGGGAGAAUUACAAUAAGCCUCGCUAUUGCGUCUGGGGAGCGAAAAAGAACAGAAGGAUGUUCUUGUGGCUUACACUUUCCACCCUCCCAAGCUCUGAGACGACCAUAUUCUCUCACGGUAUUACGGUCAUCUAG